UAAAAUAUGGUCAGUAGCCAACUAUUUUUAAUGAACACUUUGUGGAGUUUCACUAUUAUUAUACUAGGAAAAAAGUUUCAAGGAGAAAUUGCGUAAAAUUUUUUAUAGUCUUCAUUUUUGUUCUUGAAAAUAAAACAUAAUGAGAAUCUGCUUUAUCAGAACUAAUAUUUGUUUCCUCAGUUUUUAUUGGUAGCCCGUAUUUUUCAGUUGUUCGUCUUUUUUACACAAUAACACCUACUAAUAUUGUUGGUAAGACUGAACUACGAACAAGUUGCAAUUAUAUGGAAGAAAAUGAGAGUUAGGUAUAUCAUUUUAAUUAUUUUAGGAAUAUGUGCUUCAGUAAUUAUUCUCACCUAUCUGACAAUGAAUUUAUUGCCAAAAUUAAGGCAAACGAAGGAUCAGAACUAUUAUAGAGCAGCAGUAUUGGAAGCCAUUCCUUAUUCAGAUCCAUCAAUAUCGAUAAAAGCUGUGGUUGAAAAGAAUUUGGAAACAUAUCAACUCGCUGCAAAUAUUGCUGGAGGAAAUGAGGUUGAUAUAAUUGUGUUUCCAGAAGAUAUCUUAUUUUUUGACAGCGAUGAUUACACCGAACAUCGUUCAGCAUUAAUAGGUUCAAUCGCCAGCGAUAUACCGGACCCUACUUAUGGUAACUAUAAUCCGUGUGAUCAAAAAGACGUGUUUAAGAAUCAUUUCCUUCUUAGAAACCUCAGUUGCAUGGCUAAAUCUAACAACCUAUACAUUGUGGCUAAUCUAGUUGAUUACAAGAUGUGCAAAAAUGGCGGAGGUAAAGACAGAAAUGCAACGUUAAAUUGUUCAGAUAAAAGCGAAUGUCCAUCAGAUGGAAUCUAUCUUUAUAAUACCAAUGUUGUAUUCAACAGAGCAGGUAAAUUAAUAGCGAGAUACUACAAAAAGCAUCUAUAUUUUGAGCCAUCAAUGAAUCCAUCUAAAUGUCCUUAUAAUGGCUUUUUUGAUACAGACUUUGGGAAUUUUACGACUAUUGUCUGCUUUGAUAUGCUUUUUAAAGAAGCUUUAGAAGAUAUCGAGCAGCUUAAUGUUAAUAACUUGGCCUAUCCUUAUUUUUGGUACGACCACACACCAAUACAUCAGUUUGCUACUGUGGUCCAGCAAUAUUAUGCCUAUUCUAAUCGUAUCAAUGUUCUGGCAGCUAAUGGUCAUGUUCCUGGUACAGGGUCUUUAGGAAGUGGUAUAUAUUCAGGACACAGUGGAGCUUUAAUCUCGACGCAUCAACCAGAUGGACAUUCCAGGCUCUUAAUCUCCGAUGUCCCCAAGCAACCCAAAAGCCUUAAGGUGAAUGCAGGAGAUUUAAAUCGAAAGCGUUUCAAAAUGGUAAAUGGAACAUUUGUUGUGGAUAAUGUCGAAGAUGACAUAGUAUUGGAGGAUCAGUGUGAGAUAGACGUUGUUGGCCCUCCCAAAGAUGAGUCCAAAGAUUACAGGUGUAAUUCUAUGAAUCUUACUGAUUACAAAUUUCAAAGGCUUAAUAAGACAGAAGGCAAAAUUGACCUUUGUGUAAACACGUUUUGUUGUUCUGUGACCUACAAAGCUCGAUCCAUGAAUGAAGAAUAUUUUAUAGCCGUCCAAGCGAGUGAUUUUGAUGCAUACAAGAUUGUUCACUACAGUAAUCAAAUUUGUUUCCUAGCUCGUUGCAAGUCAGAGAAUGGUAAAGAUUGUUCAAGUUUUUAUAUGAAAUCAGAGACAGUAUUUGAAGAGGUAAAACUUAUGGGGACAUUUUUUAAUAAAUAUAUGUAUCCAUUUUCUAUAGAUGCUAAUAUAAGACUCACUAGUAAAGAUAAAUGGAGUUAUGACGGAAAUGUACAAAUGAACUAUCAAAACAAGGAUAAUUCAUCACUCCUGUUUUUUGGAAUUUAUGGAAGAGACUAUCCGGAUAGUUGAAAAAGGAAAAUUUGUCCCAAUUAUUUUAACUAGCUACUUAACACGUUUUGUUUACUUUUUGUAUUUUAUUAAAAAUUACGCUGGCGUUUUU